AUGUCUUCGAAAAGUACCCAUUACAAUGAGAUGUUAGAUCUGUUCAAGAGAGUCAACAUCAACAUUCCUUUUCUUGAAGCAAUCAAGCAAAUCCCUGCUUAUGCCAAAUUCCUCAAAGACUUGUGUACUCAAAAGCGCAAGCUCAAUGUGCAAAAACGUGCUUUCUUAGCUGAGCAGGUGAGUUCCAUCAUUCUAAACAAAACUCCACCCAAGUUUAGGGAUCCAGGAUGUCCAACAAUUUCUUGCACUAUAGGAGAACACACGGUCAAUAAAGCGUUAUUAGACCUAGGUGCAAGUGUUAACCUACUGCCAUAUUCUGUUUAUGAGCAGUUAGGUCUUGGGGAGUUGAAACCAACAUCUAUCACUCUACAACUGGCAGACCGAUCUGUCAAGAUUCCUCGUGGAGUGGUGGAAGAUGUUUUGAUCAAGGUUGACAAAUUUUAUUUUCCCGUAGACUUCAUUGUCUUAGACACUCAACCUGUACAAAACCCAGACUGUCACAUUCCUGUCAUCUUAGGACGUCCUUUCUUGGCUACGUCCAACGCGAUCAUCAACUGUCGGAAUGGAGUGUUAAAUCUGUCUUUUGGUAACAUGACGGUAGAAUUGAAUGUGUUCGAUAUUAGUCAACAACCUGUGAAUCUUGAUGAUGAUGAUGUGCAUGAAGUUAAUAUGAUUGAAGGAUUAAUGCAAGAUUCGUUGACUAACAUUCUAUCCGUCGACCCCUUUCAAGCAUGUAUGGAGAACUUUAACCCAGAUUCCUAUGAUGAUGUACAAAGCGGGUUUAAUUCAGAGGAAAACAAAAACACUAAUAAUGGAUGGAAACCUAAGUUUGAACCACUACCAGUUUCUAAGUCUACCCUAGUUCCUUCGUUAGAAGAGCCUCAUAAGUUGGACCUAAAACCAUUACCAGAUACCCUGAAAUAUGUGUUUUUAGGCCCGUCUGAGACUUUACCUGUGAUUGUAGCAUCCGACUUGGAUAGUGAUCAGGAAAUGAAUUAUCUUGUUACUGGUCGAAUGCCCUAUCAUUGGGGUAAACAAGAUCGCUCUAGGUUUUUAGUCGAGGUUAAGCACUUCUUUUGGGAUGACCCUUAUUUAUUUAAGUAUUGUCCCGACCAGAUUAUUUGGAGAUGUAUACCUGAGAAUAAAGCGUAUCGUACUGCGUUUAAGACCCCCAUUGGAAUGUCACCUUAUCGACUUGUGUAUGGCAAGGCAUGUCACUUACCUGUUGAGUUAGAACAUAGAGCAUAUUGGGCUGUUAAGCAGCUAAAUUUUUCACUAGACAAGGCAGGAGGAAGAGAGAUACUCGGGGUUGGUUGGUGGUAUUUCUGGAAAUUGGGAGAAGAUAAUUCUUGCAGGAUUUGCAUCCAUCAGGUUUGGAAAGAAUGGGAAACAGUUGACGUGUUUGAGAGCUAG